AUGCAUACACAGUGUCUCAAUAUCCUUGGUUUCUUGUCAGAUAAGCAACGAAAACAUAGUGAAAAUGGUGACCGAUCAGUCACCAUUGAUCAAUUAAUAGAUAAAAACUCCCCUUGGAGAAGAACUAAGAAGCAGAUUCUUAAUGAUCCCAAUCUAGAAUUACCAUAUUACAUCAAACUGCCUUAUCCUAUAAUUAAGAAGAAACCAAUACAUGAAGAUGAGGCAGGAAUGUUUGCAAAUUUUAAAGAGAUGCUGACUACACUUCAUGUAAGUAUUUCAUUCCAUGAGGUUUUAGAACUAAUUCCUAAUUUUUCUAAAUUUAUGAAGGAAUUACUAAAGGGUGCGAAGCAAAAAGUGGUCAAGGAACGGGUAAACAUGACUGAGAAGGAUGAGACGACAGUGCCUCAAACAUUGCCACUAAAGCUAAAAGAUCCAGGUAAGUUCAAUAUCUCUUGUAAUAUUGGUGGAGUAAAUAUCCCACACACUUUAUGUGAUUUAGGGUCUAGUAUAAAUGUCAUGCCACUGAACAAGGUUAAAGAAUUGAAAUUGGGUGAGAUCAUACCAAGUAACAUGACUCCCACUUUAGUUGAUUCCUUUGUUACUCUUCCGCUUGGUAUCUUACAUGAUGUGUUAGUACAUGUCGAUGGUUUAGUGUUUCCUGCAGAUUUUAUGGUACUUGAUACGAAAGGAGAUUCAGGAGGGUCGGUUAUUCUCGGACGCCCAUUCUUGGCAACCGAGAAAGCUAUAGAUGUGGAAACUAGCGAACUUGUCUUAAAGUUCAACAAGGAAAAGGUGGUGUUUAAUGUGUCUGAAUGGAAACCAUAUAUGGAUGAUCUAGAGACAUGCUACCAACUGGAAGAAAAGGUAGUAAGGUUGACAAAGGAAUGA